CCCAAAAAAAGAAUAAAAAUUGGGAUUAGCUGGUAUAGGACUCGUUGCUGGACGCUUGUGGGUUAGGAAUUAGGAUACAGGAAAUUGAAAGAUUCUUUCGUGUCUAUAACAAAGUUCCUUCGUUUUGAUUUCGAACAUAUUAAAGAGCAGAGUGGGAGAGAGGGAUUGGCUGGAGAAUGGCCGAUCACUCCGACGAUUUAGAGGCACUCCUCGACAGUGCUUUAGACGAUUUCCAGAAUCUCAAUCUUAGUUCUUCUGCUCAAAGUAGUGUAGAUGGUGGAGAGAAGAAAGAGGACAAGCCUCCUUUGCCUUCUGGGGUUCAGGGGUUGGGUAUUGGGUUACCUGAUUUGAGAAGUAAGAAGAAGGGAAAGCAGAAGGUUUCCAAAGAGUCUCAUGCUUCUGAGGCGCUUGAGAAGCUGAGGGAGCAAACUCGAGAGGUCGUCCGGGAGUUGGAGUCGACCACGGCCAAGGCCGGUGGAGAUGAUCUGGGGAAGGAGAAAAUGAUUGAAGAUUUUGUUAAGCAGUUUGAGGACCUUGCCGGGUCUCAGGACAUGGAAUCAAUUGUGGAGACCAUGAUGCAGCAACUUUUGUCGAAGGAGAUUCUUCAUGAACCAAUGAAGGAAAUUGGAGAAAGAUAUCCAAAAUGGUUGGAAGAUCAUAAGCCUGGAUUAAGCAAAGAAGAAUAUGAUCGUUACAGCCACCAAUAUGAACUUAUAAAAGAACUAAAUGCAGUAUAUGAAAAUGAUCCUAGUAACUUCCCCAAAAUAGUUGAACUCAUGCAGAAAAUGCAAGAAUGUGGCCAACCCCCUAAUGAUAUUGUGCAAGAACUUGCUCCUGAUCUGAAUUUAAGCAAUCUUGCCCAGUUGUCCCCAGAGAUGCUCGAAUCCCAGUCCAACUGUUGUAUCAUGUGACGCAACCCCCCACUCAAGUUGCUGCUUUCUUUUGCUUUUGAAUUUCAUUUACAAAAUGUGAAUACCAUUAGAGCUCAUAUUAUCAAUAUUUUCCUUCAUUUUUUAAUGAAAUUAGAUGCAAGGCAUUAUUGAUGAUAUCCUGUUGUUGUAACUUGAGUUGCAUAAAGUAGCGAGGUAUUUGUUUAUCAAA